AAAAGUUCUUGUUUUAUGAAAGAUUAAUCAUAAUCAACAUACCAUGAUACUCUUAACACUAGACUAUAACAAAUGACAGGUAAAAUCAUUUGAGUUCCCAUUUAGGGCCAUGGAUUUAGGUGAAUGUUCCGAGAGUCGCAGAAUAAGUGCUUUUGAAGGAGCAGAAGAGGAAUCAGAAGGCAAUGGUGAAAAAAUGGAGGAAAAUCAAGCUUUGAUUAAUAGAGUGGCAGGUAAGAUGGGUACAAUGCACAACAGCAUCUUCAAACAAAGGAAGAUUUAUGUGGAUGUCGGUAAGGACAUUUUGGAAAGCCUUAGUACACUGGAGUGGGCUUUAAACAACUGGGUCCUCCUGAAUGGAGACUCCAUUGUUCUCCUUCAUGUCUAUGCCCCUGCUACCUCUAUCUCAACACCAUUGGGAAAGCUUCGGGAGAGUGAAGUGGGGCAGGAUAACUUAGAUGCCUUUAGGAAGGAUGAAAUAGCAAGGGUGGAUGCAAUCUUGGAGAAAUACAUCAUCUUUUGUUCUAAUUUUAAGAUUAAGGCAGAGGCCUUGAAAUUUGACAAGGGAGAAGCUCACAAAGUCAUAGUAGGACUGAUCUCAGAACUACAUAUAAGAAAGCUUGUGAUAGGAACAUCAUCCUGCAGUAUCAUAUCAAGGAAAAUGAAGCGGACAGGAGACAAAGCAGAUUAUGUCCAGAAGCAUGCCCCUGAUUUAUGCAAGUUAUACAUUGUAUGCAAAGGGAAGCUAGUGUAUUUGAAAGGACAUGAUGACCCAGGAAAUCAGGAAGCAUUGUUCACUUCCAAGGCUUGCAGUAGAAUUGCUGGAUUUGAAGGAAUUCCUGAGCGACAUGUUAAUAUAUCUCCAUGCAUAGAUUCAGAAGAUAUAAGUGAAGAUAUUGAAAGAUAUUUUGAGUCACUAGUAGAAAAAAAUCCAGAUUAUAAUUCCAUGUGUGAGUCUACAUCUACAGAGAAUAACGAAGCAUCAGGAGUCAUGGAAAUUAUAAGCCCUGAGCCACAUGAAUUUCAGGAUCAGAGCAUGGGACCUGCUAUGGACUCUGAAAAUUUAAAAAUGAGGAUAAGUCAAGCCUUGGAAGAGGCCAAGAAUGCCAAAAAUACAGUACUUACAGAAGUUCAGAAAUGCAAAAAAGCAGAAUGGGCUACUCACAAGUCACUCGAAAAGGCUAACCGUUAUGAAGAUCUCUAUCACAAAGAAAUCAGACAAAAGGAAGAAACAAGGGAGCUCCUCAGGACAUCCAGACAACAAGUGCUAGAAAUUUCAAGACAAAGAGAUGAAGCAAUUGAAGAGCUAAUAAUAACAAGACAAAGCCUAAGAAUACUUGGAAACCUAGCAAAUGAGGUUUCUGCCAAAAGGGAUCAUGCAUCUCAAGACCUACAAAAUGUUUUAGAAACUAUAAUCAAGCUCAAGCUACAAAUAUUUAAAAACGGAAAAGAGAGGGAUUCAACGCUAAGAGAACUGAAAACCCAUCAUAAUAGAGAUCAGUUCCAGCUAAAUGAUUAUCUCUACAGAGAAUACUCUUGCGAUGAUAGAGAUGCCAUUAUUCAUGCUCUUCAAUUAGAAGAUGAGGAAGAUGAGGAUUCUCAUCAAGCAAGUGAGGUCCCAGGCUUCUUCAUGUGUCCAAUCUUGCAGGAUGUCAUGCAGGAUCCCCAUAUUGCUGCAGAUGGAUUCAGCUAUGAGUUUGAAUCAAUCAAAGGAUGGAUUGAUAGUGGACAUGAUACUUCUCCAAUGACAAAUUUGAAACUCAGCCACAUGUUUCUCUUUCCUAACUAUUCUCUGCGUUCAGCUAUUAGACAUUGGCAGCAAAGAAGAAUAAUCUUUUCUAGCUUGGGAAGUAAAUGAAAAUUGAAAUUGCUUCAUCCAACCUUUGCAACAGUUUUCUAACCCUGGUUCUUUAUGGUUAUUUUAGAUGCAUGUAUAAAGGAAAUAAGUAAUUAGAAG